AUGUCCCUCAAUGGCAGGCUGUCCAGCCUGCGCCCUCGGCUCGCCCAUGCCACGAGCCUGUCGCUUCGCCCACAGCGGCGAAGCUUGAACGAGUUCAUUACCCCUGCUUCCGAGCCUCCCAAUUCACCCCCACCAAGCUCCUUCCGCCUCGCUGUCAAAGACAACAUCGCAACUAGGCCUCAAGAUGGCCAACCCCUACCCACUACCUGUGCCUCGGGCAUUCUCUCCUCACACGAGUCCCCAUUCGAGGCUACCAUCGUCCGACAGCUGAAGGAUCGUGGCGCACACGUGGUCGGGAAGACGAACCUGGAUGAAUUCGGCAUGGGCACACACAACAUCAACUCUGCCUACGGCGCGGUGGCGCAGGAGGCUAAGGAUGACGCCAAGGGCAGGUCCAUCAAGCUGAGCGCGGGCGGAAGCUCCGGAGGCAGUGCCCUGGCAAUCGCGCGCGGCGAGGCAGAUGUCGCGCUGGGGACCGACACGGGCGGCUCUGUGCGCCUCCCGGCCGCGUACUGUGGAGUAGUUGGGUACAAACCUUCAUAUGGCAUGAUUUCCCGGUAUGGCGUGGUGCCAUAUGCGAACAGCCUGGACACUGUUGGGUUUCUUGCACGCGAUGUGCGGACGAUACAGGAGCUGGUCGUUGGAGGUGGCUUGUUCAAGGAGCACGACCCUCAGGAUCCGACAAGUCUGUCGUCCUCCGCUAGGGCACGGUGCACGGCAGCAAGAGGAUUUUACGGCCCAGAGUCGCAUAGAUCGCAGGAUGAGCAAGGCCGUAAGCAGCUGCUACGGUCGCUGACCUUCGGAAUCCCGGUCGAGUACAACAUCGCAGAACUCAAAGGACGCGUUCUCAAAGCGUGGCAAUAUGCGGCGACAUUCUUGCGCGACGAGAUAGGAGCGCGCGUCGUUCCAGUGUCCUUGCCGUCGACAAGGCACGCGCUCUCUGCAUACUACGUCAUCGCUCCCGCAGAAGCAUCAUCAAACCUGGCCAAGUACGACGGGGUGCGCUACGGAAUGAAUCAGCCGGAAGUCGAAGGCGGCCGGGACAGGAGCCCCGAGGACGUGCUGUACUCGGCCGUGCGCGGCAGCGGCUUCGGCGCCGAGGUCAAGCGGCGCAUCCUCCUGGGCUCGUACACGCUGAGCUCCGAGGCCAUAGACAACUACUUCAUGCAGGCGCAGCGGGUGCGGCAGCUCGUGCGCCGCGACUUCGACGGUGCAUUCAAGCUGCCCAACCCGCUGCGCGACGAAGACGAGGCUCAGCAAUUCUCACUGGCGGACAUGGACGAGCGCGUCACCCUCGAGAACAAGCUCGGCCCGGCGCAGGUCGACUUCCUGCUCUGCCCGACGGCGCCAACGCUGCCGCCGCGGCUGGACGAAGUGGAGCAGGGCCAGGAGAAGAGCCCCGUGGCUGCAUACGUGAAUGAUGUCUUGACGGUGCCGGCGAGCUUGGCUGGGCUGCCAGCUGUGAGCAUACCGAAGAGCACUGAUUCUAAUAGCCUUCCUACUGGUGAGCAGCGGAGUGGCAGUGUGAUGGGCCUCCAGGUCAUCGGUCAGUAUUGGGACGAUGCGAGGCUCCUUGCUGCGGCGGAUGCGCUGAGGACCUUGUUGAAGUGA